GGAUAUGGAAACCUGCGAUUACCGGUCGGAAUGGGUAGCGUCACUACCUGUCUGCUGCUAUUUAUGGGCCUCUUGGCAUUAGAGAUGCCAUGCCCGAAACCAGAAGAAGAAGGUAAAAAGGGGGAAAAAAAAGAGAGUAAAAACCCACAAUCGCGUGAUAUAUUAUACAGUUGCGUAAAACUGACGAUGCCCGAUCGAGUAGAAGAAAUAGGUACACUAGCAAUGGUCAUAAAAUCGGGGGGGAAAAAAAAGCUAAAAAGUAAAAUCCCGGAGUGAAUUUUGAGAUUGAAUGGGCGUGGUUGGGGCUGAUGGUGAUGGAGCAGCGUCUCCUGGCCGACGCCCAAUUCCUACUGCUGGGCAGCCAAACGCAUCCCCGCCUUCUAUCCUCUCCCCAUUCCGCCUUGCAGCCACUGCUGCCUCUCAUUACAAGCCCCGGCGCCUCCCUUCCCACCCUAUCCUCUCUCCUCAAAACCCUAACUCUUCAGCUCCAGUGCACCACCACCACCCACCUCCCCCGAAUCGUACUCGCCCUCCUAUCUGCCCUCUCUGACCACCAUCCCGACCUCCGCCGCGAAAUUUCCCUCGCUGUCCGUGCAUUCGCCCUCCGCCUCCUUCCUUUCUCUCCAUCUUCCUCCUUCGCUCAUUCCCUCGCCAUCCUCUUUAAGGAUGCUGACACUUCCAGUGAUGUCACCGACGAACCGACGUUCCUUUCCAUUUGCUUUCGCCCGUGUAAAGCUUCCUUAAGGCGCUGGCUGCUUCAGAAUGUGGAUAAAUUUUGCGUCAGGCCGUCGGUGUUGAUCGCGGUCCUUUUAGGGUUCACCAAGGAUCCGUAUCCGUUAACCAGGAAAGCCGCCCUGGAUGGUUUGGUUUGGCUCUCCGAUAAGUUCGUUGCGGUGGAGGAUCAGAGCCUGCUUCAGUGUUGCUAUUUUUCCGCCGCUGAGCUUCUCUUUGAUGCAGAGGAUUCCGUCAGAUGCUCUGCAGUUCGCACUGUUAGCGAGUGGGGACUGUUACUUGUGGAGUCCAACCAAGACAAGUGUAAAAUUGAUUGGUCUGAUGCUUUGUUUGUUCAGCUUUGCUCAAUGGUGAGGGACAUGAGCAUGAAGGUCAGAACUGAAGCUUUUGAUGCCCUCGCAAAGGUUCCAAUGGUUUCGCAGAAUGUUUUAUUGCUGACACUAACUAAGAAAGCUACAUCCGCCACAAAAGAAAUAACUUUUCCAGGCCGUUACGCUGCAAAAAUAUGCAAAUUGCCAGCAUCAGCCGCAGCUUUUGCUUUUAUUCAUGGCCUGGAGGAUGAAUUCUUUGAGGUAAGAAGAUCUGCGUGCUGUGCCUUGCGUACAUUCGCCAUUGCUUAUGGUGAUUUUGCAUGCGAGGCUGUAAAUCUCUUGAUGGAUAUGCUUAAUGAUGAUUCAGUGGUUGUGCGUUUACUAGCUCUGGAGACGAUGCAUCAUAUGGCCAUGUAUGACUGCCUAAAAGUUCAAGAAGGACACUUGCAUAUGUUGCUAGGGGCUCUAGCGGAUGACUCUACCUUGAUAAGAUCUGCAGCAAUGAAAAUUCUUCAAUUAAUCAGAUUGCACAAAUUGGCAAUGUUUAAGUUAUGUUUUGAAGGCCUUGUGAGAAACUUGGAAUUGUAUCCACAGGAUGAAGCUGAUUUGCUUUCUGUUUUGCUCAAUAUUGGGCAAAAUCAUGGGUGGUUUGUCGCCCACCUUAUCCAGGAAAAUACAGAAAAGAUAGAACCUUCUGUUGGAGGGAGAUUGGGAUUUGAGAGCGCAAGAAUUGUUGCCUUGUUGGUGCUGGCCAUCUCUGCCCCAGUCUCAAUUGAACGAGGCAUAUGCAGUAUUCCACUGAGGAUGUACUCUUAUGCAGUUACUUUACUGGGGAGAAUUUCUGAUGCUUUGAUUGGUACUUUGAACCAGAAUGACCUUCUGUCUCAUCUUUCGCGUUGCAGCCGAUUCUCAUGUGUUUCCAGUUCUGAGUUUUUCAGAGGAGAAGAGUCAGCUGUCCCUCUGGUGAAAAGUGAUACGUCCUUGUAUCCAAAAAAUGAUGGGAUUCAUGGAAGUUGUUCUCAGAGAUUACUGGAACUAGAGAGAGCAGUGCAUCCAAUUGCUAAUUACCCUCUAAAAAUGCAUGAUGAAAUGGAAAGUUCUAUGGGCAAUAUCCUUCAAAAGAUUCACAGCCUUUGGCCAUUAAUACGCUGUGGAUUUGCAGAUGAAGCAACUAGAACUUUAAGGAGUUGGAAGAAACAGUUGAAGACAUUUACUUGUAUUUCAUCCGAACCCACAGCCGAGUUAGUUUUUGUUUUGCAAUAUCUGCGCAUGAUAAAACUGCUUGGAAGGGUAUGGAUCCGCUGUAUGUUUCCUUUGAAGCCCUGCUUUGGGGUGAGGAAAUUGGAAGUCUUAUUUAGAAAGUUGGAAAGGAGCCUGAAAGAGAUGAAGUAUAGGUUCCUAGGUUUUAGCAGCGAGCAGGAGUUGCAUAUUUUAGAGCUAAUUCUUGUUACACUUAUAUUGAAGUUGUCCAAUGUCAAAGCCUGCUGUCCAAGUACUAAUUUAAAGGAAAUAAGUUCUGUAGUUACUCAUGUUGAACAUCUUGUUGGAGGCAGAUCAGUUGAACUCUCCAGCUUUGUGAUAGAGCUUCAGAAGAUACUGAGGGAAAUUGGUCCCUCAACGGCUGUCCUUGAAAAUGCACUUCUGCUCCAAAAGUCACUUGAGUACUACACUUUGAGGCAGUUUAUGUUUUCUGGAAUGCUCGUACAUGUGGUAGCUAAACUGGAUGUGUACAACAACUACGAAAAUCCUCUCCAUUACGUUUUAGGUCUCCCUGUCGGCAUACCAAUUGAAAUUACUUUGCGUAACAUCUCAAGGGAAAGUCGCAUGUGGCUGAAGAUGACUUUUAAAGAGACGCUAGCUCAGUUUGUUUACCUGGAUUUGCAUGGACCAAGCGGGGGUGAUGAACGUCGACAAUUUACAUUUGUUGCACCCUUUUAUGGACCCCCUAAAGCGAGGUCCUUCUUACUGAAGAUUAGCAUUGGAAUGGAAUGCUCAUCUGAGCCUCCUUACCGGUCGAAUGUUUGUGGGGGACCGAAACACGAGCUUAUUAAUAUUUCCGGAGAUAGUGAAGUGUUUCUUGCUAGGGUUGGUGGAUAGAGAUUCAAGUUGUAUAUGGUUUCAGCAAAGUGAAUAGCAGUGCAUUUUGUGGAUUUCUGCUGUUCAGCAAGCAAGAAUUAACGGAUUAUUUUAUUGCUGAAUCUUCAGAUGUUAUUCAGCCUGUAUUGCAAUUGCCAUUAUUUUAGAGAAAUUUUUACGUUGUUGUGAAGUGACUAGAUACGCAAUUUGAUCAUCUGGACACCUGCCCUUUUCGAGUGAUUAUGCAUAUAUAAUAUUUCUGAGCAUGCGUCGCAA